AAUGACGUAACUACCGUAGAACAAUAUGGCGUCGUGUGCAGGCAACGUAAUUGUAAAUGAGUUUAACCGGUUAGACUGCUGCCUCAUUUGAGGCACUGGUGUUUUCAAACUUUCACUAUUGAUUCUUAUAAAUAAACAUUGGAGCCCUGCGUGCUGGCUGGCUUCUGUUUUUAUUCAGCUAGUGCUUGCUGUAAAGCCGCUAGGCCAGUCAGUGAAGGCGGUCAAGGAUGGACAUUGGAGAGUACAUGUCUCCAAUGGAGAACGUGGACCCGACUUUAGCGGAGUUUGGGAAUGACUUAACUCUGGGGGAAAUCGAUGAGAUGCUCCAGCUUGUCAACCAGGACUUCCCCGACUUGUUUGAGGAGCAGAUGGCCUCCGCAGGCUCUUUAAACUCCACCCCUCGACUGGCCAGUCAAAACCCUGGACCCCCACAAGCAUCAACCCCUGUUGUCUACCACAGCCCCAGUGCUGGCCUCCGUUCCCCUCAGACUCUCCCUCCUAAUCUCUCUCCUGCGCAAAGCCCUUCUACAACCACAACUACUCGCAGUCCGCCGCCCCUUCAGCCACGGCCUCAAGUGGUCCAACCCAUCCAGCCCCAUGUAAUGGCCCAGCCCACUAUUCAGAUUCAGACCCAACGACUCCCACUUCACACAUUCCUUCCGACACCCAUCCAGACGCCGACGGCCCAAACUGUGGUGAUUGCUUCCAGCGGCGGGCAGUCCCGUAUUAUCCAAAACCCAGUCAUCUGCCACCCAAGUCCUACUACUGCUUUCACUGGUCUUGGUCUUCAACCACAGGUGCAGAGCUUCGUAACAUCACCCCAACUCCGACCAGGGACUAUUCAGCAGCACCUUCUGUCAACUGGCCAGACCAUCCAGACUCUCUCUACAGCACCUACUACAGUCCAUGCUGUGCCACAGCAGGUUUUGGUUCCACAACCUCAGAUUCUGAAGACAGAUUCCUUGGUUCUGUCUCCCAUUCCAAACCCAGCAGGGAUCACCACAUUGACCACACCCAUCCAGAACACAACAACACUUCAAGUACCGACGUUGGUGGGCGGUAACCUCGUGACUACUGUUCUGGGAGGCGGAGAGAAGCUAACAAUCAAACACAUACAUUCAGGAUCCUCCCAAUGCACAAAUGGCACCAUAUCAAGCAUAGAGCAAAGCCCUAUCACUGGAGGGGGUGUUUGUCAAGGAGGGGUAGUAAAGGAAGGUGAGAGGAGGACUACCCACAACAUCAUUGAAAAGAGGUACCGGUCAUCCAUCAAUGACAAGAUUGUGGAGCUGAGAGACUUGGUCGUAGGCAAUGACGUAAAGAUGCAUAAGUCAGGAGUGUUAAGUAAAGCUAUAGACUACAUUAAGUACCUGAAACAGGCAAAUCACAAACUUCGACAGGAGAAUCUGGCUCUUAAGAUGGCAAACCAGAAGAACAAGCCAGUCACAUUGCCCGAAGAUAUGGAGCCAAAAGAAGAAAUUGUAAUGAUGUCACCUCCAGCGUCUGACUUGGGUUCAGCAUCCCCUCACCAAUUCUCUCCCUACGGUGUGGACUCUGAGCCGAGUAGCCCCUUAAUAGAUCAUGAUCAGAUGAAGUGUGAGCCAGAUUCUCCUUCUUCUGUCGGAGUGAUGGACGGUUCUCGUCUGCUUCUUUGUGCACUGACAUUCUUCUGUCUCUCCCUGAACCCACUGCCCUCGCUGUUGGGUUCUGAAACCUCAGAAAGUUUCUCUGCAGGGCAUGGCCCUUCUAGAGCUCUUGUCUGGUUCCCGAGUCCCACCCAGGAUUUUGCUUCUUGGCUCCGCUGUCUAUUGCCAUGGGUGAUGGUUUGGAUGCUGAGUGGACUGGGAGCAGUUUGGGGUUGCGUGCGAGUACUGUACCUCUGGGAACCCGUCACGCCCCUUCACUCCCCCAAGUCGGUCUCCUUCUGGAGACAUCGAAAGCAAGCUGAUGUGCACCUUAAGAGAGGAGAUUAUGCUGCAGCAUUGACCAGUUUGGAGACAUCUUUGUCAAUCUUGACCAGAGCGUUACCUUCCACCAAACUGGACCUUGUCUGCUCAUUGACCUGGAACCUGAUUCGCUAUUGUUUGCAUCGUCCGACUCCUCUCGGUUGGCUUGUGCACCAAAUCAGGGGAAAACACGAGGGAGACGAGGCUCGGACAAGUGCGAGGGAUGCAGCCCUGGUAUACCAUCGUCUGAGCCAGCUGCAGCUUACAGGAAAGCUGCCUCAGCGAAGCAGGUUGUGGGCCCUGUCUCUGUCUCUAAGUGCUGUCAACCUCAGUGAGAGCGCCCAAGGAAAGAUGGCACCUGCCCAACUUACCGAGAUCUAUCUCACAGCAGCCGCAACCCUGCGUACUGUACUGGGUCUCCAUAUCACCUGUCUGCCUGGUUACUUACUAAGUUGUGCUGAGAGCAUUGCAAAUCAAUGUGAAGCUAAGCACAUUCCUGACUCCCUCCGCUGGCUCUUCACCCCAUUGGGCAGGCAUUUUUUUCUCACCUGUGAUUGGUCGUUGAAGUCAGAGAGCAGUGAUGGGGUUUUUACAUCACAGAGAGACCCAGCGGACCCAAUUGCCCAGUUGCACCGCUGUUUCUGUAGAAAGCUGCUUGAGAGAGCUGUUCACACCCUUAUCCAACCGCAGAGCGACUCAGAAGUGGGCAAACAAAAAAACAACUCUGGGGAGUUUUCCAGUGCCCUUGAGUUUCUGCAACAGUUGAAUAAAUGCACCGAGGACUCUCCUUCUGCUCCUCCCUUCUCAACACCUUCCAAUCACACCAUUACACCAGUGAGAGAUCCAGUAAGUCGGUGGUGGGCUUUGGUCCUAAAAGCUGCUGUCUACUGGCUUCAGGGUGAUGAUGUGACUGUGAGGUCUCUUUUGGUGGAAGCGGAGAGAAUUCCAAGAAAUCUACUUUCUCUUGAUCACCCGCUGCCCAAAGCUGUGCAGUUACUCUGCAAGUCUGUCCAGACGAGUCUUUUACCUCUGAAGGGUGAAGGGACGUCGGACUGCCUACCCAUUUGUGACAAAGCCAGCAGCUACCUGCGCUCCAGCAUCUCCCUGCCUCUUGGCCAGCCUGGCGACUGCCUCAACAAGGCCAUGGAGCUGCUGGUAUGUGACCUUCUUCUAACUUUGAGGACCAGUUUAUGGCAGAGAGGAAGCGGCACAAAUGGAGAACCUGGCCCAACAUCUGCAUCGCAAUUAGCUGGUUUCCAGAGAGACCUCAGUGCGCUUAGAAAGCUCACACAGUGCUCUAGACAGGCCCAGUAUAAGUUGUUUCUCCAUGAAACCACAGUGAGGCUGAUGGCUGGCGCCAGUCCCACACGGACACACCAGCUGCUGGAUCACAACCUUCGACGCAGGACACACGGCUUACACACAGCAGAGGGUGAGAGGGAGCGAGCGCAUGCCAUCCUAUUGGCCUGCCGCCACCUGCCCAUGCCCCUGUUAACUCCACCCGGGCAUCGCGCUCACCUUCUGGCUGAGGCCAAACGCACCCUGGAGCGUGUAGGAGAUCGUCGAUCCCUGCAAGAUUGUCAGCAAAUCCUGUUGCGCCUGAGCGGUGGCACGACCAUGGCUGCUUCCUGAACACACACACACAGUGAGACGACUGUUGAUCAAUUUACGGUAUAGAACUGGUAGUAGUCAAUCAUGGACACCCAAACUUUUUGAGCCUGGAGUACCCUCACCAUUUGCGCCUCUAACGCGAUCAAACUUUGGUAAUUCACAAUAUAAGGUUGGCUCACUGCCUCAUAUUUACCACGUGUAAUCGGGAUUAUCAGGUCUAACGGCUUUCUAGUGCUCUACGAUAUGACGGGAUCGCCAAAACGAUAUUAAACUUUCUAUUGACAUUUUACAUCUGUGGUCAUUAUCGCCACAAAUAGACCAUUUCCUGCAAUGCAAAUAUUGGCAGCAGAUGGAGGCCAAUUACGCUGAUUUGCUACAUUGAUGGGAUUCCAUAUGCCACAAUAGUAACACCCAUUGGCGUCAAGAUGGCCCUAUUGGUUCCACCUGCCAGCCGUACAUAAGUAAUGCAUGCAAGACCAUUGAAAAUAGCAAUACGAAUAAUCCACACAGAAUACAGACAACACAAUUUAUUCCAGUAGCGUUAUUGCUUUAUCAUUAAUGAUAUUAUGCUACCAUAAUAACAGCAGUCUUAAAAGUCAAGGCACUCGUCACAAGUCUUACUUGAUAGAUAUCUUUACAUUGGAGCAAAAAUAUGUUUGCUACUGUGCCGCUUCUGUUUACACUGGAUAGUUUUAGGUUGCAGCACUACUUGAUGCAUUUGACAUUUGUGGCAGGUCAGUUUAGUGUCAAUUAAAAAAUAUAGUGGGGAAGAAGCUGUCAUAAUUGUAUAGGUUUUCACCCGAACAAUUAAAAAUGUAUUAUAUCAUGGCAUAUUGAUAUCCUGAUUUAAAAAAAAAAAAAAAGUAUUAUAUCAUGGCAUAAUGAUAUCCUGAUUUAUAAAAAAAAAAAAAAAAGGCCCGGAUCGUAAUAGACUUUUCCAUAUUGCACAGCAAUAUGACUUUCCAAAGAAAAAGAAACCUGUUUUUAAAAAAAAAAAAAACUUUUAAAAUGAAUGCAAUUCUUGAGGUGCUUUUAUUAGCAGUUUGAUGCAAAGCUGCGCAAUAAUCAGAUCUUUGGGAUAUCGGAAUCAGCUUUCCAGCUUCAUUUCUUAAGGGCUGUGAAAUGCAGAUUGGUUUACUUUCUACCAUAAUUAGUCUCACUUUCCAUCUACCUCAUUCACAGGCGUUUAUACUGUGAGGAAAAACAAAA